UCACGUGGUAGUUGCCGCUGUUUCGCGUGGUGAGGCUUGCAAGAUGGCGUACGCUAAGCAAGGGCAAGAAGGAAAGACAAGAAUUGAACGUUUUCAACAAACUGCACGUGAUUUUGGCCACUUUCUUUACAAUAAAGAUGGUGAAAAUGGUGAAGUGCAGGUCAUGGGCAGAAAUGGCAAGAGCUGGGCGAAGAUCACAGUGUUCUUCUUGAUAUUUUACGGCUGCUUAGCGGGAUUUUUCGCCUCGAUGUUGGCGAUAUUCAUGACUACUGUCCCAGCUCGAGAGGAAGGGCCGAAAAUGACAAGAUAUUUAGCGGGAAAGCAAGGCCUUAUACCUAUUCCAUUCUAUGAAAUAAAAAAUUAUAAAGAUGUUGAUUCGUUUGUUGACCAAAUCAACAAAUUCUUGGAACCUUACAAGGAAGCUCUCGAAAGUGACGAGUAUCAGAACUGUACAGAUGCCAAACGUACCAAAGAUUCCAAGCCCUGUAAUGUGGACCUUUCUGCUCUUGGUCCUUGCUAUGACAAUAGCACUGAGUUUAAAUAUGGCUAUGAUGAGGAAAAGCCCUGCAUCUUUAUGAAGAUGAAUAGGGUGUUCGAUUGGGUCCCUGAACCUAACGAUGGCUUGGAUUAUGUGCAGCUGGCCUGCAAGUUUGAGGAGGAGGGCCGUGAGGAUCAGCUGGAAAUCUACCCAACAGACAAGCCUGGCUUUGCUGCUAAUUUUUACCCUUAUCUCUCUGAAGAAAAUUGGCUUCCCCCAAUUGCUGCCAUCAAAGUCAACAGCACUCAAAAGGCAGUGCUUCUUUGUGAAGCCAAUGCCAAAAAUAUUGAGAAAUCUGAAACAUACCGUCUUAACCGAGGUGCUACAGGAAGAGUUCGUAUUGAAAUUAAGCAAGGGUGAAGCACUAAAUUUAAAAACUUUAAAAAGCAAAACCUGAUUGCACUCAAGGAUGUAAUGAUGGAGUUUCUUUUUUUGCCACACUAAUGUGGCACAAUGUAGUGUUUUGUCUAUCAUUUUCAUUAAGUUUUGCUCUGUAGUUUUUGUUUGUCUUAAUUACCAUAUUCCUUAGACUAAUUCUCUUGAACUGAUUUUUCUAGUUUCUCCAAACUUUUGAACCAAAAUAUUUAAUUUGCAGUGAUUAAAAACAUCAAAUAGAUAGUGCACUGGACAGUUUGGUUUCUAUUUGCAACA